AUGGUUGUCAUAGCAUCCCGAAGUGACCAUGAAAUGAAAUCAACCAGGAUGAUGGGAGCCUUUCUUAGAUGUUUAGUUGGCUUUCUUCACAGAAGAGUGAAGCUUAAAGACGACUUGAAAUACGAAGUUAAGGAGAAAGAAGCUGGUGAUCAGUUUACAGACGAGAAGGCUGUUCAAACUGCAGGGGAUCGCUAUCGUCUGGAGGUCGGCAUCACGGCAUGCAAAGCUGGAAGCAGGUACCAAGUCAAGAAGCUGCUCCACGUUGCAAAAGCAUAUUUGGAGCAGCUUGAAGUUUCAGAAAGAGCUGCAGAGUUAAAUGCCUACAUGUGCAGAACUAAAGCCUUGGAUUUUUGCAAGCUGGUCACUAUAUGUCUAUAUUUUUGCACACCUCUCAAACCUUUCAAGCUUCUCAAAAUGUCACUUAAAUCUCUUGCCCCAAAAUCCAAAACCCUCCACUCUUUCUUCAACUCUCUUCUCCGACCCACCAAACCCAACACCCCCUUCCACCCUUUCUCUUCUCUCACCCACCAAACCCCACCAUCUCCACAACUACCUCACCUGGUCAACGAAAUCUCACGCAUUCUCAGCGACCACAGAGACCCUCACCACGACUUGGAGCUCUCCCUCAGCUCUUGGUCCAUCCAAAUAUCACCGAACUUGGUUGAACAGGUUCUGAAACGCUGCAAGAAUCUUGGGUUUUCAGCCCACAGAUUCUUCCUCUGGGCUAAAACAGUUCCGGGUUUUCAACACAGUGAUGAAAGCCAUCACAUUUUGAUUGACAUUUUGGGGAGUAGUGGUCAGUUUGCAUUGUUGUGGGAUUUUCUCAUUGAAAUGAGAGAGUCCAAGUGCUGUGAGAUUGGCCCAGAGUUAUUCUGGGUUAUUUUUAGAGUUUACAGUAGAGCUAAUUUGCCUCGAGAUGCGAUUCGAGCUUAUAGUAGAAUGGUUGAGUUUGGAAUUAAGCCUAGUAUUCAUGAUCUUGAUCAUCUUCUAUAUACAUUAUGUAAAAGAAAGCAUGUCAAGCAUGCUCAGGAGUUUUUUGAUAAAGUUAAGAGCGGGUUUGAGUUGGGUGCGAAGACUUAUAGCAUUUUGAUGAGGGGUUGGGGAGACAUUUGUGAUUCGGAUAAUGCACGCAAGCUGUUUGAUGAAAUGACUGAGAAAGGGUGUUUGGUGGAUGUGCCUGCGUAUAAUAGUUAUUUGGAGGCUUUGUGUAAAGGUGGAAAUGUCGAUGAGGCUUAUAAGAUAUUUCGCGAGAUGGGUUCAAAAGGAGUUGAGCCAGAUGCUGGUACAUACUCGAUUUUCAUUCGGGCAUAUUGUGAAGCAAAUGAUAUUCAUUCGGUUUUUAGUGUGCUUGAUAGAAUGAAGAGAUAUAAUCUUUUGGCUAAUGUGUUUACAUACAAUUGUGUUAUCAAGAAACUCUGUAAGAAUGAAAGGGUGGAAGAGGCGUACCAGCUUUUGGAUGAAAUGAUCGAAAUGGGAGUUAAGCCAGAUGAAUGGAGUUACAAUGCAAUCCAAGCUUAUCAUUGUGAGCAUGGUGAAGUUAAUCAGGCUCUGAGGUUGUUAUCUAGAAUGGAAAAAGAUAGCUGCAUGCCUGAUCAUCAUACUUACAAUAUGGUACUAAAGUUGCUGAUUAGAAUCGGGAGAUUUGAUAGGGCAACUGAUGUGUGGGAGAGAAUGGGGAAGAGAGGGUUUUAUCCUUCUGUUUCAACUUAUUCUGUCAUGAUUCAUGGUUUGUGCAAGAAGAAACAUAAACUAGAGGAGGCUUGUAAAUACUUUGAGAUAAUGAUUGAUGAAGGUAUACCACCAUACUCUUCUACUGUUGAGAUGUUGAGAAACCGGCUAUUAGGUUUGGGGCUACUCGAUGAUAUUGAAAUACUUGCUCGUAAGAUGGAGCAAAGCAGUUCUUGUUCAACACAAGAGUUUGCAAAAAAAGUUGGGGUUCAAUGUCGGCCUCGGCGUGCACCAAGAGUAAUCGAAGUUAACUGGCACCCUCCUCCGUAUGGGUGUAUUAAGUUGAACACUGAUGGGGCAUGGAAAAGUAGUUCGAACAAAGCUGGUUAUGGCGGGGUAUUUCGUGAUUACAGUGGCAAAGUUAUGGGUGCUUUUUGCUCUAACUUGGACAUUCCAAGCUCUGUUGCUGCUGAAGUUAUGGCUGUUAUCAAAGCUAUUGAAUUAGCUUGGGAGAAAAUUGGAUAUAUGGAGUGUUAG